AUGACUUUUUCUUCUCAGAAUCAAGAACGUCUAUGUGCAUUUAAAGAUCCAUAUCAACAAGACCUUGGGAUAGGUGAGAGUCGAAUCUCUCAUGAAAAUGGAACCAUAUUAUGCUCAAAAGGUAGCACCUGCUAUGGACUCUGGGAGAAGUCAAAAGGGGACAUCAAUCUCGUAAAACAAGGAUGUUGGUCUCACCUUGGAGAUCCUGAAGAGUGUCACCAUGAAGAAUGCAUUGUAACUACCACCCCUCCCUCAAUUCAGAAUGGAACAUAUCGUUUCUGCUGCUGUAGCACAGACUUGUGUAAUGUCAACUUUACUGAGAAUUUUCCACCUCCAGAUACAACACCACUAAGUCCACCUCAUUCAUUUAACCGAGAUGAAACAAUAAUCAUUGCUUUAGCAUCAGUCUCUGUAUUAGCUGUUUUGAUAGUUGCCUUAUGCUUCGGAUACAGGAUGCUGACAGGAGACCGUAAACAAGGUCUGCACAGUAUGAACAUGAUGGAGGCAGCAGCAUCAGAGCCUUCUCUUGACCUAGAUAAUCUGAAACUGUUGGAGCUGAUUGGCCGGGGUCGAUAUGGAGCAGUAUAUAAAGGUUCCUUAGAUGAGCGUCCAGUUGCUGUAAAAAUGUUUUCCUUCGCAAACCGUCAAAAUUUUAUCAAUGAAAAGAACAUUUACAGAGUGCCUUUGAUGGAACAUGACAACAUUGCUCGCUUUAUAGUUGGAGAUGAAAGAGUCACUGCUGAUGGACGCAUGGAGUAUUUGCUUGUGAUGGAGUACUAUCCCAAUGGAUCUCUAUGCAAGUAUCUUAGUCUCCAUACAAGUGAUUGGGUAAGCUCUUGCCGUCUGGCUCAUUCUGUGACUAGAGGACUGGCUUAUCUUCAUACAGAAUUACCACGAGGAGAUCAUUAUAAACCUGCAAUUUCCCAUCGAGAUUUAAACAGCAGAAAUGUCCUGGUGAAAAAUGAUGGAACUUGUGUUAUUAGUGACUUUGGGUUGUCCAUGAGGCUGACUGGAAAUAGACUGGUACGCCCAGGAGAAGAAGAUAAUGCAGCCAUAAGUGAGGUUGGUACAAUCAGAUAUAUGGCACCAGAAGUUCUAGAAGGAGCUGUGAACCUGAGGGACUGUGAAUCAGCUUUGAAACAAGUAGACAUGUAUGCUCUUGGACUAAUCUAUUGGGAGAUAUUUAUGAGAUGUACAGACCUCUUCCCAGGUGAAUCUGUACCAGAAUACCAGAUGGCUUUUCAGACAGAAGUUGGAAACCAUCCCACUUUUGAAGAUAUGCAGGUUCUGGUGUCUAGGGAAAAACAGAGACCGAAGUUCCCAGAAGCUUGGAAAGAAAAUAGCCUGGCAGUGAGGUCACUCAAGGAGACAAUCGAAGACUGUUGGGACCAGGAUGCAGAGGCUCGGCUUACUGCACAGUGUGCUGAGGAGAGGAUGGCUGAACUUAUGAUGAUAUGGGAAAGAAACAAAUCCGUGAGCCCAACAGUCAAUCCGAUGUCUACUGCAAUGCAGAAUGAGCGCAACCUGUCACACAGUAGGCGUGUGCCAAAGAUUGGCCCUUAUCCAGAUUAUUCUUCUUCCUCAUACAUUGAAGACUCUAUCCAUCACACUGACAGCAUUGUGAAGAAUAUUUCCUCUGAGCAUUCUAUGUCUAGCACACCUUUGACCACAGGGGAAAAGAACCGAAACUCAAUUAACUACGAACGACAGCAAGCACAAGCUCGAAUUCCUAGCCCUGAAACAAGUGUCACCAGCCUGUCCACCAACACAACCACCACCAACACCACUGGCCUCACUCCCAGCACUGGCAUGACCACUAUAUCGGAGAUGCCAUACCCAGAUGAAACAAAUCUUCAUGCCACCAAUGUUUCACAGCCAAUUGGGCCAACCCCUGUCUGCUUACAGUUGACAGAAGAAGACUUGGAGACCAACAAGCUAGACCCUAAAGAAGUUGAUAAGAACCUCAAAGAAAGUUCUGAUGAGAAUCUCAUGGAGCAUUCUCUUAAGCAGUUCAGUGGGCCAGACCCACUGAGCAGUACCAGUUCUAGCUUGCUUUACCCACUAAUAAAGCUUGCAGUAGAAGUCACUGGGCAGCAGGAUUUCACACAGGCUGCCAAUGGCCAAGCAUGUUUAAUUCCUGAUGUCCCACCUGCUCAGCUCUAUCCUCUCCCCAAGCAACAGAACCUUCCCAAGAGACCUACUAGUUUGCCUUUAAACACCAAAAAUUCAACAAAGGAGCCCAGGCUGAAAUUUGGCAGCAAGCACAAAUCAAACUUGAAACAAGUAGAAACUGGAGUUGCCAAGAUGAACACCAUCAAUGCUGUAGAACCUCAUGUGGUUACGGUUACCAUGAAUGGGGUGGCAGGUAGAAAUCACAACGUUAACUCCCAUGCUGCCAGUGCUCAGUAUGCGAAUGGGGCAAUACCAUCUGGCCAGACAGCCAACACAGUGGCACAUAGGGCCCAAGAAAUGCUGCAGAAUCAGUUCAUUGGUGAGGACACCAGGCUGAAUAUUAAUUCCAGUCCUGAUGAGCAUGAACCUUUAUUGAGGCGAGAGCAACAGGCUGGCCAUGAUGAAGGUGUUCUGGAUCGUCUUGUGGACAGGAGGGAACGGCCGCUGGAAGGUGGCCGAACUAAUUCCAAUAACAACAACAGUAAUCCAUGUUUAGAGCAAGAUGUUCUUACACAGGGUGUUCCAAGCACAGUAGUAGAUCCUGGACCAUCAAAACCCAGAAGAGCACAGAGACCUAAUUCUUUAGAUCUUUCAGCCACAAAUAUCCUUGAUGGCAGCGGUUUGCAAUUAGGUGAGUCAACACAAGAUGGCAGAUCAGGAUCUGGUGAAAAGAUCAAGAAACGUGUGAAAACUCCGUAUUCUCUUAAGCGGUGGCGCCCCUCCACCUGGGUUAUCUCCACUGAACAGCUGGACUGUGAGGUCAACAACAAUGGCAGUGACAGGGCAGCCCAUUCCAAAUCUAGCACCACCGUUUACCUUGCAGACGGAGGCACUGCCACCACCAUGGUGUCUAAAGAUGUAGGAAUGAACUGUCUGUGAAAUGUUUUCAAGCCUAUGGAGUGAAAUUAUUUUUCGCAUCAUUUAAACCUGCAGAAGACGUUUUUUAAAAACUGCUUUAUCCUCCUGUCAGUACCCCACCCUUGCAACAGGACUUGCUUUAAAUAGAUUUCAGCUAUGCAGAAAAUUUAGCUUAUGCUUCCAUAUUUUUUAAUUUUGUUUUUUUAAGUUUUGCACUUUUGUUUAGUCUCACUAAAGUUAUAUUUGUCUGUUAUGACCACAGAAUUAUAUGUGUGUGUAUCAAAAGUGGUCUCAAAAUAUUUUUUUAAGAAAAAAAACAAAAACAAUGUAUUGCUGAUAAUCAGUUUGAAACAGUUUCUAAAGGUCAUUAAAACAGAAGCAAAUUAAGACAGAUUUGACUUCAGUGGUGUCCGGUAUCCAUGUUUUAUUUCUGGGCACAAGCUAGUUUAUUUUAUAUGUUGAUCCGUUCCUAACAUAUUAUCUGUUGGACAUUCUUUUCUCUUGUGUUUUGUUUGAAUGUGCAAUAGUCUGUAGCCACAAAUAAGCUUUCUUGUAAGCUCUCUUCCUAACAGAGCACACAUUCUUCCAUAAUAUGAACAUUUUUCUCCCUCCAACUUUUGUCAGGUUUGUUUUAUGACAGUGAAUUUUGCAGAAGAGAAAGCAACUACCUGAUUUUUUGCUUUCUCUCUCUUUGUGGAAAAUGCAGAAACAUUGUCUCAAAGGGCUCUAAAGAAGGAACAACCAAAACCUAAUUUGAAAUGCUAUUUCUUUUAACCUUCCAAAUCCUAAAUGUUUCCUUCCAGGCAUUUUAACAAAUGUAUUUGGUUCUGGUUUUAGAAGUUCAUAAGAGAGCAUAGAACAAAGUAGAAGAAGUCCUAAUAUUAGCCUUUUUCCAUUUUAUUUUAUUUUUAUAUGUAUGUUAUGUUCCAUUUUCAUUUAUUUAAGAAGCACAUUUUUAUCAGAAAACUUAUAGAGUUAUACUUAUAUGGAAUUUUUAAGUAGGUAGAUGGUUAAGACAAUAUAGUGUUAUAUCCUUUAUUCUCUAAGUAGGCCACCUUUGACUCAAAAUUACAUUUCCUGAUUAAAAUAACUUCAAAAGUAAUUCCUAGUUUUGAACCUACAGUGUCUUUUUAUCCUCUUUACAAGCAAAGACUGAUGACUGUCUGAAAAAGAUUCCUCUCCUCUUCCUGUGACCUAUAACACUGUGUGGAAAAAAAUUGUUUGACUGGCAUGCCAAAUCCCUGUGGAAGGAAGGGUUGCUGCCAAACCUAUCAUCUCUGAGCAGACAGAGACUUUCCUCUCUCUUUUCAAAGCUGGGUGUGUUUUUUUUUUCACUAAUCCUAUUUUCAUAAAAUCUCCUUUUGCCAAUUUUUCACAUGAUUUUUGAUAUGUGAACAGCAUUUGUUAUUUACAUUAUAUUCAGAAUAUACCUUUUAGUGAUAACAUGUUAUGUAUCCAUCAAGUCAUAUUGUUUUUAAAGCUUCUUUGCCUCUUCAUUACUCAUAAUCAUUUCUAAAACAACAACCUCUGCAUUUUUAAAAAUAAAGCACUUUAUGUCAAAUAAGGGACUGUUUUUUAUAAGCACAAAUUAUUUUCUAUCAAUUUUCAAACAGCGAUGAUCUCACUUAUUUUUUACAGAUUCUCAGAGUACUUAGUACUUAUUAUCUAAUUAAGUUCUGUGAUUUCUCUGGGAGAUAAAAAGCUAAGAGACAAACAAAAAUUCUGAACAAUAUUUUCUCAUUCAGAUUCCUCUGUCUUCAUCAUUUAGCUAAAACAACCUAAAUUUCCCAAUUUGACUUGUAUCAAAUUUCCAAAACACUUGACUUGUAUAUAAGCCUUUUCUUGUUUGCCAUCUGCGAUGGUCUUGAGUUGGGUGUUGCAGCACUUACCAUUUAUUCAGCUAGAUGGCUGAGCACAGUUUUGAAUUCUUAGAAUGAAGAUUCUUUUACUAGUGCCCAGGAUUUCCACCUUUUGUGUUUUAAUGGCCCUUAUCUUGAUUCAGACCCUUAACAUAUUUUUCAGUCUUACGGCAUAAAAUAUUUUUCAUCCAGUUAGUCUUUUAUAAUGUAACAAAUUAUUUAUAUCUUUCCCAGGAAAUUUUACUUCGUUCCCUUGCCCUUAAAUGUCUUUCAAUUGUGUUUCAGGGCAUUAUUUUCAAACAUUUGUAGGACAUCUUUGAAUAAAAAUAAACUAUAGUCCUCCUUCAGUUGGAGGGUAAGUGACCAUGUGAGGUCUGACUGAUUUUUUCCUGAUGGAAGAAGAGUUAUCCUACAUUAUACUGUACUUUGUGUUCAAGCCAGUUGAUUGUUUUUCAGCAUUUUUUGAUACUUAGUAAUAAAAUACUUUUAAAAGUUAACAUACCAAAUUAAAAGAACUCCUAUAGUUUCUCAUUUUCCAUGAUGUUUAAAACAAAUAAUUUCCUUUCCCCAGUUUGUUUAAUAGACUCCUGAAAAAGUAGAAAGUGUAGGUCAUUUUAAUAAAUUUUAAAUUAAAUUGUACAUCAGACUCAUUUACUUUUAGGAUCUAUUUAUAAUAUACAAGCAAACAAAAUUACUUAAAAUGCUUGUUUGCCAAUUUUUUUCAUCUAAUAUUGAAGGUGUCUUAAAGCUAAUAUUUAACUGCUAUCACAACAUUUUGCAUGUAUAAAAACAUUUGAUUCCUUUUAAAUAAAAGGCUAUUAAUGAAAAAAUAUUAAAUUCAUUUUCAGGAGAGUAUUACAAUCUUAAAAACAUUAUAAUAGGUAAUUAAAGAAUAAUAUUAAUUCCCUUAACUAUUGUCAUUAUAUGUCAGAACUAAGCCAUUGAAAGAACCUGAUUUGAAUUGUGUUUAGUCAAAAAUGACUUAAUUAUAAUUCUUAAAAGUGUUCCCCCUUUAAAAAUGUAUAAUUGGGGGGAAACCCUGAUAUCAGUGUAAAAAGUUUUGGGAAGGUGCAGGAGUGAAAUAAUACUAAUUGACCAUUUGUUGUAAACGGAAUGUUGGGAUAUGCAUACACCAUCUCUUUUAGUCCUCAUAGCAACUAUAUAAGAAUUACAGUUAAUAUAUCCCCUCACAGAUGAGUAAACUGAAGCUAGGAGAAACUAAGUAAUUUGCCCAAGGUCCACACCUAGUAAUAGGCAAAGAUGGAUUUUAACUUAGGUUUGCCUGUCUCCACAUCUCUCAUCCAUACCAUAUUGCCUACACACUAUGACAGGAUGUAUAAUGUCCUGACAUUUUGUAAGAAAUUAGUCAUUAUGGCUUAUAUAUAAGCCAAACCCAGAUACCUUAAUGACUUUAAAAGGCAACCAUAAGACGACGUGUGGACAUACCUAUGUUGAUUGUGCUUGAGAAGUAAUUACUAAUUCAAGACAAAAUUCAGUCCCACCUCUGCCAUCAUGAAUCUUCAAAUCACUUCACUCCUAACAUCUUUAUAUUGAAGAACUAAGGUAAAGUAAAAUUUAAGGGAAAAGUGAAGAUGGCUUAUGGGAACAGACACUUUUUCAUAGAUUGAUUCCAUACUUGAUUUGGAGAAGUUGAUUUAACAUAGACUUUUAGUCUAAUCAACCCUUUGACUUCACCUUGAAAAUUUCUGCUUUUAGUGACUUUGGAAAAUGUUACUAAUCCAGAAAACGAGUUAAGGGAGAUGUAGGAAGGAUACAAGGAUAAUGUCCUAAUAAAGCAAUUUGUAUAGUUUUCUUACAUGUAUCCACGUGUUCCAGAAAAUGUAUGUUGGUUCUGAAUGUGAAAACAAUUUAAAAAAGGAACACGUAAAAUACGUGUUUCAGUGGGAAUUAUCACAAAAUUUGGGAAGUAUUUUCUUUAAAAGAUUUAAAAAUUUAGAUUCUAUAGCCAAAUGAAAUACCUGGUAGGCUUCAGCUCUUUACUGAACUUUCCAUUCCCUGUAAACCUCUUUUCAAAGUCACUUAAAAUGGAAAAAUAUUUCAAUAAACUUUUUGGUGUUUUCUCAUAUUUAUGGAGAUGAAUAAUAUUUCAUUGGAGGUAGUUAGAUUUUAGAACUUGAGAUUACUUACAUUUCUAUACAUUUUAUAAAUUUAUGUUGAACUUAUUACCAAUUAAAUGCAGGUUAUUACAUAACUAGUCACAGAUUGCUUUAUAUAAUACUUUCUCUUCCAAGCUGACUCCUUAAAGUUACAAUCAACAUUAGUUGAUUGUCUAGAUCAGUGACUCUAGAAAUUAUAUAACAGUCCUACGUACGCCCCAGGAGUCUUUUUCAGACUAGGAUGUUUCUAAAGAUUCAUACCUUUUACUGUCAAUUUGCUCUUCAGCAGGUAAAAUUGCAUUUUAACUUUUAGAUUCUGAACUAUGCAAACUUCAGCCAAAAGUACCCUGCGUGACCCGCUCCUACAUAUACUUUAGUAAAUCUGGCAAAUCACAGUUUGAGCUAGUUACGCAAAUGUUACUCUCAAAAGAAGGUUUUUCUGUAGGUUCCCAGAUUAAACUUACAUCAAGGAAGGGAGCCCCAGGGCCCUCUGGUGCACCUACACAUUACUUUCCUUCAGUCACCUUAGUUUGUAUCUGACUUACUCUAUCCCUUGGUUAUCUGACUUGUGAUCUGUGUCAGGAAAGGGUUUUUUUUAAAAAAAUAUUUAUUCUGCUUACCUCCUGUUUUUAUUUUUUAUCCAUUUUUCUUAUCCAGUAGUUAAAAAAAAUGUUGGUUAUCUUCUUCAACAUUGUUAUUCUUCAAUAUGCUUCAGGCAUCUCAUUUAACACCUAAGUCUCAGUUUUUCAGACAAAAUUGCUUUAGUUUCUUUAGCAUUUUAUCCUCAGUCCUAUUUCAAUAACUAUUUAUAUUUAAGAACACCUAAAAUUAUAUUUUGUUAUAUUCAAGUUCAUUACUCUAGUUAAUAGUUCAAUAGGAUAGAAUUGAGAAUUAAGAUGUUACCAUUUGACAAUGGAUCCAACCAUCAGAUUGUCAGAAAAUCACUGAGUUCAAGUUUUGUAUCUAACAUUUUCUCAGUUGCUGAGUUUUAUGAUUUUAUGUUCUAAUUAGUUACAACUAAUGCAUACAGAAUUGUAUAUAAUUUGCCAUUAAAAAAUUCUAACCUCUAUUACAGCAAGCUUAGCCUUAUGAUUGAGCCACACAAAACAUAUAUAUGUUUUACAUAUUUCUUUGUAUCAAAUAUUAAGACACAAAGUGCAACCUUAAGUUUCAAAAGCAAACCCUACAAUAUCAGGUAUUUAUGAACAUUUUUGCAGACCAUUAUUGAAAUAUUUACCAUUGUUUUGCAACGUAGACUAGACAAUAACUUCCAUUUAACUUUUAAGUGACUGGUUAAAUUGAGUGUUUGUGCAUGUAAAAUUUAGGAUUUUAUCUCAUGGCUGAUACAUUUGAAAGUAAAUACUUAAGAAUGUAUGCUGUGUAUUAAAAUUAUGCCCAAAAUAAAUCUAUCAUGUCUUGAAAAUUCCAAUUCCGUUAUUACUGUGAUGUUCGUAGUAUUACUAUGAAGCAUGUGACAGUCAUUUUUUAAACUUAACUUGAAACCCAGAUUUUAAAAUCUGGGUAAGAGAGGAGGAAUCUUUAGAAAUAAAUCACGUCAUUAGGAUAUCCAGUUUAUGAUUGAAUUUUAAAGCAAAUAACUUUUAAACUACAACUUGAGGUUGUUUUUUGUUUUGUUUUAAAAGAUAAUGUGGGUUUAGAUUUCAGAAACAUCUUCAUGUUUAGACUCACUCUAUAGACAUAAUAUUACUUAAAAACUCAGGGCCCUUUCAUCCCUCUACACAUUGCAAAAGUUCAAUUGGUAGUAAACAAGCAAUUAGAUCCAGUUGAAUAUUUAAAGUGUUUGUUGUACACACAAUUCAUUUAAUGUUUCAUCUUAUGAUUUGACUUAAUUUACAUAUAGACAAUACCAGAUUUCAUUAAUCAUAAAACGUGCCCAGUUCUAUAAUUACUGAAGAGAAAUGGAAACAAUCCAACUAGCUGACUACAUAUUGCAGCAUAUUUAUGUCUAGAGUUGAAGCAUCGUCUUCAAACUAAUGUCCUUUGGUCAAGUGGUUAUCAUGAUGUGACAAAUUAUUUUAUUUUAUAUUAUUUUUUAAUGGGAGAACUUAGUAACAUAGUUCCUCUGAGAUAAAACAUUUUUUCAGGAGGUAAACAGUAUAAAACUGUGUUCUAAAAGUGAACUAAAGACUUUAUAGCUUUAGUAAUAGCUUGGGUGAUUUUGAGAAGGUAACCUAUGGUAACCUAUUGUUAGGUCCAAAUGGAAUUUUUCUUUAAAUCAGUUAAGUUCAAGCUCCAAAUUGGUAUGAUGUACACUUAAAAUCCUAGCAGUGAAGUUAUUUGUAACCAGUCUCUUGUCUCAGGCUCUCCACCUUAUUACCAAUUCUUGUAAGUAUGGUAGGAAAGCAUUUUUAAAGAAACUUAAUAAGAAAACUAAAUUACUAAAAGAUGCAAUUCAAAGAUAAGUUCUGGUUUAACAUUGAAUUGCUUGGCUUCUGUGGCUUUUCUUUUUCUGGUCACAUUUAUUUAUUUAAACAGUUUUGUAUGCCUUGUUGUCAUGGGGAUUAUAUUGUAUAAGUGUUUGUAUAAGCUGGAAUCAUCCUUAAUUUUCUGUUGGUAAUUUUUCAGAUGAAGAUAAGGGGAUAAUUGUAUAAUACACUAAUGUAGGGUGUUGUAGCUGAAACAUGGAGAUGUAUAGCUACUAUGCUUUUUUCUGAGUAGACAGGAGAAACAAGCUACAGAGUAUUCAUUUCUGAGGAUGCUUUUCUGGAAUAAGAAAGGCUGAAAAAUAUUGUCAAUUCCUCAGAACCCUCUUUCUUGUUAACGGGUAUCUUUUGUUGGUGUGUUUUGCUCUUACAUUACAGAUAGAACAUCAUAUAUGAAUUUAUGAAUCAGUUCAGUUAUUUUGCUUUUGUAUAAGCUGUCUGAGACCUUGCUAUGCUGUAUAAGUUGUGUUUGAUGGAUCAGUGUAUGAAAUAAAGCAAAUCACUUUUCUUUUGUAUUAUCUAUGGAUGCCACUAUGAAAGCUGACAUUAAGCCACUAAAGAGUUUUCUAUGAAUAAUUGUAAGUAAAUGCUUUGCUAUAUAUAAACCUAAAUAAAAAGGUUGUAUUGAUACAGAUACAUUGGAGAAGGAGAUUUUAAGACAGUUCUUUAGGUUUAAAAAAGGCUUGCUGUAAAUGGUGCAUUAUUCCAUUUAUUAAAGAUCAUAUUAAUGACAACA